AUGAGUUCCUUUAUCACAACAGUAAACCAGAGGACGCGCAACCAGUUCCGGACCCGCGCCCCCGGCCGAGGCGGUGCCACCAGCCAUCAGCUCCGCCAAUAUGCCGAAGCGACGCUCGGAGGCGGAAGCUUGCGAAAGGUCGUCAAGCUUCCGGAGGGCGAGGACGAGAACGAGUGGCUUGCAAGCGGUAGUGGUGGACUUCUACAACCAAAUCAACCUCAUCUACGGUGCCAUCACCGAGUUCUGCUCCCCCAGUCUUGCCCCGAGAUGAAGGCGACGGACGAGUUCGAGUAUCUGUGGCAGGAUAGCGAGAACUACAAGCGGCCGACCAAGAUGUCUGCGCCCGCGUACAUUGAGCAGAUGAUGGGGUGGGUCCAGAGCAACAUCGACAACGAGCAGGUUCUCCCCAGCCGAAUUGGUGUUCCCUUCCCCAAGUCUUUCCCGAGCCUCGUGCGCCAGAUUUUCAAGCGCAUGUACCGUGUCUAUGCCCACAUCUACUGCCACCACUAUCCCGUCAUCCGGGAGCUUGGCCUCGAGCCUCAUCUGAACACGAGCUUCAAGCAAUAUGUCCUUUUCAUUGACGAGCACAACCUAGCUAGCGGAAAGGAUUUCUGGGGACCGUUGGGGGACCUAGUUGAUAGCAUGCUUAAGAGCGACUAA